CCUUCCGUCUCCGCCAAUGCAGGAGGCCUUUGCUGUCCUGGUUCCACCCCUCUCAAGAGCUGGGGCCGGAAGAUGGCGGCGGCCGCGGAGUUGAAGCUGCUGGAGAAGUCCCUGGGGCUGAGUAGGGGAAAUAAGUACAGUGCCCAGGGCGAGCGACAGAUUCCAGUUCUUCAAACAAACAAUGGUCCAAGCCUAACAGGAUUGACUACCAUAGCAACUCAUCUAGUCAAAGAAGCCAACAAGGAGUAUUUGCUGGGGAGCACUGCAGAAGAAAAAGCAACAGUUCAGCAGUGGCUGGAGUACAGGGUCACUCGAGUAGACAGACAGUCCAGUAAAGAGGAUAUCCACACACUGUUGAAGGAUCUGAAUUUGUAUCUUGAAGAUAAAGUCUACCUUACAGGAUAUAACUUUACUUUAGCAGAUAUUCUAUUGUACUAUGGACUUCAUCGCUUUAUAUUUCAGGGCACCUCAAGCAAGAUGAACAGAUGUUUAUAAUUUGCUACAGCCGCCUGUGUGUAGGACUUCAGUGUAUAUUGCUGAAACCUGAAACUCACUUGAAGUAAGCUGAGCCACAAAUGAGUUCAGUUACUCGUUUAUUGAAAAAAUACUACCUUUUUAUUGUUAAUAUUAAUUUGCAUUCUGUAGUAAGUUUUGAAUAGUGAAGUGAUUUGUAUUUCAGUUUUAUUGGUUCAGUCACUUAGCAAAACAUUUACUUGUAGCAUAAGUAUAUGCUAAAUUGUGAAAAGCCACAGGACUCUAUCUUACGAAAAGUAUCUCCAAUGAUAGAACCUCUGAUGGGUUUGACUCCCUCUUGUCUUGACUGGCUUUUUUGUUCAUUUUCUUUGAGCUGUGGAGAUUUUGGAAUAUAUGUUAAAUAAAUGUUGAAUCAACAAAAGAGAAGGAUUAUCAUACUACCAGUGCAUACUACCACCCUGCUGGCUUUCUUUUUACCUGAUGACUCUUAAUAAUUCCAAACUUUGGCUUAGAAGAGUCCUAAGAGUUAUCUACUUUGAAUUUGAGUCCAGUGGAAUGAUAGGCACCUAUAGUUUUCAUUGCAUCUUUCUAUAGCCACAUCUCUGGGUACUCAUAGCUUGAGAGUAACAGGUGUGAACUGCUACAUCCACAAGAGUUCAGCUUUAUUGCAGACAAAAUGCAGAAGAUAUAUUGUUCUUGUGUUUUUACUUGGUGUCUUUCUCUAAUUCUUCUGUUAAGCAAUAAUCUCUUGAAAUUAAGUGGGUCAUUGUCUUGAGUGAGGUUUUUCCUCAGCUGAGUAGCUAGGCGGUAAUAUUAUACAUU